UCCAGGUUCGGUGACGUGUAAUGUGAUGAGGUCGAGAAGAAAUGCGAAAGUUUUUUUUUGGUUUGGUCUAUAAAAUUUGGCAACAAGUCAUGGAGAAAGAAUGAAGAAGAAGAAGAAAGCUACAGUGAAUGAAGAUGAUGAGGUCAAGAAAGAUACAUGUUGAAGAAUGAUGAUCCAGAGGGAGAUGCUGAUGUUUUGGGGGUUUAGCUUCAACCAGUUCGUCAGUAAGACAACAAUUAAGAACGAAAACAAGGAUGAUGGUGAGAAGGAGAUUGUUUGGCAAGAUGAUAACUUACUACAUACAUCCACUUAAACAUCUCACAACUGCAGAAUGGGAGGAGGUGGUCUUCAAUGAUAUAAGCCAAAGGAAAACCGGAAAAAGUUUAUAAUGAACUAGAGAAGGCGAUACAAGUAUUAUGCAGCUGUGGACUUCCUUCACCAAGAUGUGUUGUUGCUUUUGAUGCUGUGGUCUAGACUGAUUUGGUUUCCGCUUUGCAAGUAUCCGUGUUCCCACUAACAGAUUCCUUCAGUACUGUAAGUGUCGAUUAAUCAUACGCCUUUGUGAUUAUGUGAAGCAGUUUUCUUUACUAUGAGUCUCAAAAGCAAAGACUUCGCGUUAUCUAUCAUCUCUCUCAUGCAACGUGCUCUCUUCUCCACUUCUCUCUCUCAAUCUCUCAUUCUCAUCUCCUCUUCAUGGUGCCAUUCAUUCAAGUCUCCCAAAAUUUUCAUUUCCUGAGUUCCUUUGAUCUUCUUCCUCCAUGGAUUCGGUUAUCAUCGAAGCAGACGAGCGGGAGGCCCUGGCAUCUCUCGUCCCCUCUCAUCCACCACCACGCAAGACACAUUCCUACGUUGAGCAACACGAGCAGACACCACAUCACCCGAUCCGCAAAUACAGCCUUGACGAGGGCUCCAAAUCCGUAACCAAAGAUUCCGAACCUGUCUAUUUCGACUCCUCCGACGGAGAGUUCUCCACUGAAAAGGUAGCAGCCACCGGAAGAACUGGCGCCUACAGAGGCAAUGAGGAGGAUCACGGUUCCGUUACUCCUGCGUCAAAACCAUCACCGCAGCGUGAUGAGACUGCUGAUGUCGUUAAAGAGGAAGAAGAUAUCGAGUCUCUUCCGGAGUUCAUGGGCGCAGGAGGUGGUGUAGACGUCUUUAGAGUCCCCGUGCGUGCAGCGGUGAACCCUGGAAGGCCGCCUUGUCUUGAGAUCAGGCCUCAUCCGUUGAGAGAGACGCAAACAGGGAAGUUUCUGAGGAACAUUGCUUGCACAGAAAGUCAGCUAUGGGCGGGACAGGAGAAUGGCGUGAGGUUCUGGAACUUGGAGGAAGCGUACGAGGUUGGUUACGGUGUGGGCGGGCAGGUGAGGCGAGGGGAUGAGGAUACAGCGCCGUUUCAUGAAUCUGUUGCGAUCUCUCCUACCUUAUGUUUGAUGAUUGAUCAUGGCAAUAGGCUUGUGUGGAGUGGACACAAGGAUGGCAAAAUCAGGGCUUGGAAAAUGGAUCAGCCGGUUGGUAAUGCUGCUGAUGAUUCGAAGCCUUUCAAGGAACGGCUCUCGUGGCAAGCUCAUCGUGGUCCUGUGAAUUACAUUGUCAUUAGCUCAUAUGGUGAUAUGUGGUCAUGCUCUGAUGGCGGAGUGAUUAAGAUAUGGACUUUUGAUUCUUUAGAGAAGUCUCUUGUGCUUAAAGCAGAGGAGAAGCAUAUGGCUGCAUUGUUAGUGGAGAGAUCUGGAAUUGACCUUAGGAGCCAAGUUACUGUCAAUGGUACUUGCAGCAUUUCGUCCUCAGAUGUCAAGUUUUUGUUAGUUGAUAUAGUAAGAGCUAAAGUGUGGGCUGUGCAGCAUCUCUCAUUUUCAAUGUGGGAUGCUCAGAAUAAAGAACUUCUGAAAGUCUUCAAUAUUGAUGGACAAGUCGAAAACCGUGUGGAUGGCACACCUACACAAGGUCAACAAGUUGAAGAAACGAAAGCGAAGUUCUUCUCCACGCCGAAAAAGGAUAAAUCUCAAGGUUUUCUACAGAGAUCACGACAUGCCAUAAUGGGAGCUGCAGGAGCUGUUCGUCGAGCUGCCACUAGAAGUACAGGAGCUUUUGCUGAAGAUCCUAGGAAAGUAGAAGCUAUUGCGAUUGCGGCAGAUGGAUCAAUUUGGACUGGAAGCAUGAAUGGCGUAAUUGCUCAGUGGGACGGAAAUGGAAACCGUUUGCGUGAAGUGAAUCAUCAUCAGCAGGCUGUUCUGUGCUUUUGCACUUUUGGUGAUCGGAUAUAUGUGGGUUAUGCAAGUGGUUACAUUCAGAUUUUGGAUCUUGGUGGAAAGCUAGUUGCAAGCUGGGUUUCACAUAAUGAACCUGUGAUAAAGCUAGCAGCAGGUGGUGGUUUCAUUUUUAGUUUAGCCACUCAUGGUGGUGUGAGAGGGUGGUAUGUGACAUCACCAGGACCUCUAGAUAGUGUAAUCCGGACGGAAUUGUCUCAAAAGGGGAAUACGUACGCCCGACAAGACAGUGUUAAGAUCUUAAUUGGUACCUGGAAUGUUGGUGAAGGACGAGCUACAAGGGGAGCGCUUAUGUCUUGGCUAGGAUCUGAUGUUUCAGAUGUAGGCAUUGUAGCUGUUGGGUUGCAGGAGGUGGAUAUGGGGGCUGGUUUCCUUGCCAUGUCUACUGCUAAGGAGACGGUAGGGGUUGAAGGAAGUGUUGUGGGGAAAUGGUGGAUUGAUGCAAUUGGAAGUGCACUGGAUGAGAGAAACACUUUCGAACGUAUGGGUUCAAGACAAUUAGCGGGACUACUAAUAUCUCUUUGGGUGAGGAAGGAUAUUAGAACACAUGUCGGAGAUCUUGAUGUCGCAGCAGUUCCAUGUGGCUUUGGUCGCGCCAUUGGCAACAAGGGAGGUGUGGGCUUGAGAAUCAGAGUUUAUGACCGGAUUAUGUGCUUUGUGAACUGUCACUUGGCUGCUCAUUUGGAGGCAGUUACUCGGAGAAACGCUGAUUUCAAUCACAUAUAUCGGUCAAUGGUUUUCUCCAAAGGACAGAGUUUAUAUACUGUUCCAGCUGCCGGUGCUUCAUCAUCUACCCAAGCACAAAAGAAUAACACUAAUACAAACAUCAGCACUGAAGAGGAGAAAUCUGACUUAGCAGCAGCAGAUUUUGUUGCAUUUUUUGGUGACUUCAAUUAUAGGUUGUUUGGUAUAACCUAUGACGAAGCCAGGGACUUCAUUUCACACCGAUCAUUUGAUUGGCUCAGAGAGAAAGACCAACUUAGGCAAGAGAUGAGUGAAGGAAAAGUGUUCCAAGGAAUGCGUGAGGCGUUGAUCACCUUUCCACCAACUUACAAAUUUGAAAAGAAUAAGCCAGGCCUUGGAGGGUAUGAUUCAGGGGAGAAGAAGCGUAUACCUGCAUGGUGUGACAGAGUUAUAUACAGAGAUAACCAGUCAGCCCCAUUUUCUGAGUGCAAUUUGCAAUGCCCUGUAGUUUCUUGUACUACAAUGUAAUGUUCCAUCACACAAUCUCAUGAUCUUUAUUUCUUUUCCCUUUCUUCUUUCGGCUUUCUCAC